AAUAAAGAGGUCCUAAUAGUAGUUUUCGCUAACAAAGCGAAGGCUCCAAAAUGUCGGGAGAGGUGUAUCUCCUGUGGCUCCUGUCGCUGCUACAGACGCUGUCGGCGUACGGAGCCGAGCUGUCGUCUGAGGCUUGCAGGGAGCUGGGCCUCUCCAGCAACCUGCUGUGCAGCUCCUGUGACCUGCUCGGGGAGUUCAGCCUCACCAAGCUCCAGCCUAAUUGCCGUCAGUGCUGCCAGCAGGAGGCCCAGAUGGAAGCACGCAAGCUCUAUGCUGGAGCCAUCCUCGAGGUGUGUGGAUGAAAACUGGGGCGGUUCCCUCAAGUCCAAGCUUUUGUCAGGAGUGAAAAGCCGAAGAUGUUCAAGGGUCUUCAGAUCAAGUACGUCAGAGGCUCAGAUCCUGUUCUAAAGCUUUUGGACGAUAACGGGAACAUUGCUGAAGAACUCAGCAUCCUCAAGUGGAACACAGACAGCGUGGAGGAGUUCCUGAGUGAAAAGUUAGACCGAAUAUAGACAGGAGUCCAAUUAUUAUUUUUUUAAAUUUUUCUUUUUUUAAAAUUUGGAAUACUCAAAACAGCUCAGUCCCCCCAAAUUACAAAUAAUUAUUUAUUCACUGCUUUGUAGUUUAAUCUAGCUGUGCAGAUAGUUUCUCUGUGAGGUUUAUGCCUCCACCUUCAGGUGAAGGGGAUUUUGUUUGUGGUCCUCUGACACAUUCAUACAAAUAAUCAUUCAUAGCUUGUCUGUGGUCAGGCUGCUGCAGAUUAACACCAUACACACCAAAUGAAGGUAGCAGGUAAACUGAUGUUGCUGUAAAUCAAAUUUCCCACAUUUUAAUACCAACAAAUGAAAUUCAGUUAAUCUCAUUUAUUUGCUUGUGGCAGAGAACUCAGGAGACUUCAGAAAAUUAAGAUCUCUCUGCAUGGUUGGAGAUUACUAGAAGCAAGUGAGCAGAUACAUUUUUGUAGUUUGUGUGAACUGAAUGUUUAGCUAUUUACCAAUUUGUACACAACUUGGCCUUUUAUAGCUGGUUGCUGAAUCUCUGCUCUGUAUGACUGUUUGGUUAUUUUGUAUCUGAAAAUCAUGACUGUCAUCUGGAUUUUACCAAGCAGCUCAUGUGAGACUGAAACAACCUAAUCUGAGUCUAAAGUUUCAGCUUUACAGAUCAAUCAUUGCUCACACCUUUAGGUUUGAAACUGUCUUGCACAUCAUGAUCAGUUUUGUCCGUCUGCGGGACCUCACAUUCCCUAUCUGUCUGUCUGAUAUUCUCAUAUUUUUUUUUUUUGGUACUGCUCAACAUUGUGAUUAAUGGCGUUUGUCGUAUGAGUGAAUGAAUCCUAGUUCCUCUCCAAAUGCAGAUGUCUUUGCAGAGGCACACAUUAGUGAAGAGCUCGCAGGAAACCAGUUUUGGGAUGUGAGAUCUGAUGUAAAUUUGUGUUCUUUUUUCUGCAUUUUCUGCUCUUAAAGAGAAACUGGAUUUGUUUUGGAAGCUUAUCAGCUGGUGAAGUGAUGGACUAAAUAUGCAACAAUAAAUGAAAUAUCUGAUA